AUGGCUAAAUGCACCAAGAAGGUCAGAAUUGUGGGGAAAUAUGGGACCCGUUAUGGUGCCUCCCUCGGGAAAAUGGUGAAGAAGAUUGAAAUAAGCCAGCACGCCAAGUACACUUGCCCCUUCUGUGGCAAAACCAAGAUGAAAAGAGGAGCUGUGGGGAUCUGGCAUUGUGGCUCCUGCAUGAAAACCGUCGCUGGUGGCGCUUGGACCUACAACACCACUUCUGCCGUCACAGUAAAGUCUGCCAUCAGAAGACUGAAGGAGUUGAAAGACCAGUAGAAGCUUCACCAUCUGAAACAUUGCUAGCCUAUAAUAAAUGGGUUAAUUUAUGUAACAACAACAAAAAAAAAACACACAAAAA